CUCUGUGUCCGGAAAAGCUGCAGGAACACGUUGGACGGUGGAAACCACAAUGUUCAAGCACGUAUUUCUGACAGGACCUCCAGGUGUGGGGAAAACCACCCUGGUCCAGAAAGCCUGCGAGGCUUUAGUGUCAUCAGGAGUGGGAGCUGAAGGCUUUUACACGGAGGAGGUCAGGGAAGGGGGCCGGAGAGUCGGCUUUGAUGUGGUCACCCUGACAGGAGCGAGGGGCCACCUGUCCAGAAUCAGAGACAGUAGAGACAGCCAGCCUCACGGCAGGCGGGAGUACACAGUUGGCCAGUAUGUGGUCGACUUGCCUUCAUUUGAAAAUCUGGCUCUCCCCCUCUUCAGAAAUAUUGGUUCGGCGGAUGGAAGCAGCAGCAGCAGGAAGGUGUUUGUCAUCGAUGAGAUUGGGAAAAUGGAGCUCUUCAGCCAGUCUUUCAUCAGGGCAGUGAGACAGACCUUAGAUAGCUCUUCCUGCACCAUCCUGGGCACCAUCCCCAUCCCUAAAGGUAAACCCCUGGGGCUGGUCGAAGAGGUGCGGAACAGGAGGGACGUCAAGGUGUUCACUGUGUCUAAGGAGAACAGAAAUGCUAUUCUACAAGACAUCUUAGAGACACUGCAGGAAUGUUUAAAGUCAAAAGCCUAAUAUUGAGCUUCGUAUGGAGCCACUAAAAAGGAAAAAACCCUGCAGCUCGCGUGUGGCUCUUUGCUGACUACAAGUUUUCUAAGUGUCAGCGCUGGAACAGUUCAAACAGCCAGAGACGAUUAAAAGGAUCUACCCGCGCUUUGCAACUGGGGUUGCGACCUGAGCUUAGAGGCAUCCCUGGCUGCUGGGGGAGUUGGUGUGUCGCAUGCAUUUAUUUAUGUUAACAAUUAAUUUUUUUCCCCCCUUUCUCAUACAGCCUCAGACUGGUGUGCAUGCUGAAUAAUUGAUUGAGUGAUGGAAGACAGCGGGGAAAUAGUUCAGUUUCUGGGUGAAUAUGUCAAAGCCUCAAAAACAGGUCUUUAUUGUUUAACUGAUUUAUAGAGACAUCAGAAGGCAUUUUUCUUCUGUUAGUAUAAAAUAUCAUUUUAUUUCCCCCACAAAGUCAGGUGGUGCUGCCGUUUUUAAUAAAGGGGCGAACGAAGCCGUGCCCCUGUUGACUCAUUUAGCUCUUUGCUAUGCGAGCCUCCGUUUGUCUCAUCAACCUGAGGCUGUUCUCAUUGAAAGUCGAUCAAUAUUUAACGAUGCAGCCCAUCCUUUCAUGGUUUAUUCAUCGUCUAAUGUGAACAGAAAAUGAUUUAAAAAUAAACAGUUUGUUUUUCUCGGGUAUUUAUUGUUCAUUUUCUUUACUGGCAAGUGUUUUCGUGUUCUCCGGCGCAAAUAAAUAUGUUGCACUUUGCGUGGAUUCCACACUCGGUCAUGCGAUAUUCAUCAAUAUCAGUGCGUAGUCAGAUUAAAGUGAAGGAUAAACAGCAUCAGUGGAUUUAAGGUUUUUGAGAUGUUGGCGUGCUUUCACAAAAAAGCUUCAAAGUGGUUUAUGAAGGCUUGCAAAGGUAAAAUGCAUAUUUUGAUUACAAGUAAACAGAUAUUAAAAGAAUUUGGUGAGCUGUGCCAGUGGCUAUGAGUGAGGUGAAGUAGCUCAAGUACAUUCAAAGUUCCCGAGUUUGCUGAUUGUUUGCAUCAGCUCGCUGCAAGUGGAAUCUCUCCCUCUCUCUGCGUGAGCUCCACAGUCUGGCAGUCGCAUAAAGGUUUUUAAUAGAAACCCUCUGGCAAAGCUGUUUGUCUCAAAACCAAAGCAUCUUUGGGUCGUUUCAAAGUGAAAAUACUUUUUUCCCCCCCCUUUAAAAAAUAAAUAAAUAAAAACAACGCUUGUAUAACUGAUGUAACCUGUCAGGCUGGCUGCAGAAAGAGCUGCCAGCUGUGAUGUGCGUCAGACACGCUGCUGCGCCAGCAUCUGUUUUGUGGGCUCCGCUGACGUACGGCUGGAUCCGCUGGCACCAGCAGCAGUCGCUGAAACUGCUUCAAAGUCAACAUUUCACUGGUCGCAUCUUUCAGCAAACAUGGCAACAUGAUGUUGCUGUAGCUGCUGCAGAGUGGACGGUGCGGUUCAGGGCAGGGCAAGGCAAAGCAUAGCGUAGCGCCGAGGGAGGCGGCUCUCCUGACUGGAAGGUGAUUGUCAGCACCCUGCAGCAAGACAGCAGAUGGAUUAUGUAACAGUAGCCAAGGCCUUGCCAGUUGUACCAAAUCAAGGGUGUGUGUGGAUGCAUUCGAUGCGUUAUGAUGUAAUUAGCAACCAUGCUGUCCAAACUGUCAUGUUGUGGGCAUAUCAUUGACAGAAGUGAUUCCCAGCCGGUGGCACUUGCUGGCAGGGAAAGCACAGAAAGACUGUGGGUUACUUUAACAAAGCUCAGCUGUAACACCUGAACACCAUGUGCUGAGAGCACAAGAGCAUGAAUACAGAGCUAAAAAUGGAUAAGCAGUGCAAACAAUGAAGUGAAUGCAAGGCACAGUAGUGAUAACUCGGUUAAAGCAGCGAAUAAAUGGUAAAAUAGUUUGGUAAGGUUGGUGGUUUAAAAUAAUGAUGGAAUGGUUGAAAGAGCUGAAAGUACUCGACAAUAAAGAACGCAAAUCACCCAAUAACAGGAUCAAUAUGUUCUGUGUGAAUGUAACUCCAAUGUAUGACUAUGUAUAAGGGUAAAAAUGUGUCAAAAUACACACACACAAACCAACUAUGUUUUGUUCCCAGUCUUAUGGUAAUGUUAUGAUAUAUGGUUAUUGUGGUUUUCUGUAAACACCAUGAUUUUGUUCAUAUACAACCACUGUGCAACUGGAACAAUAGACAUAUUGCCAGGGGGCUUGAAGGUACUGUAUUAAUGUGUACUGUGAGGAUUGUUCCAUCAAAGGCAAUAUACAGGGUGGGCCAUUUAUAUGGAUACACGGUAAUAACAUGGGAAUGGUUGGUGAUAUUAAAGUCCUGUUUGUGGCACAUUAGU